CUGUGCACCCUGCUCGGCUAUGGAGUCAACCCUCGACGCUGAGGAGGCGCGCACCGUGCGGGAGUCGCUGGGCAGAUACGAGGCGGCGCUGGAGGGCGCGGUGCGCACGCUGCACGAGGACAUGCAGGGGCUGCAGCGCGGAGUGGAGCGGCGCGUGGCCGAGGCGCUGAGCCUGGCAGGCCCCCUGGCGCGCACCGUGGCUGACCUGCAGCGAGACAAUCAGCGGCUGCAGGCGCAGCUCGAGCGCUUGACGCGCCAGGUGGAGGCGCUGGGCUUGGCGACAGGGCUGUCCCCUGUGCCCGACACGCCCAGCCCCCCGCCCGCGCCCGGGGUUCCAAACCGCGCACCCCGCCUGGGCACCGCACGCUUCUCCAGCCACGCCACCUUCUCGCUGUCCGGCCGCAGCCAGAGUGUGGAUCAUGAAGCUGGAGAGCCUGAGAUGAGACGAACUUCAAACUCAUGCAUCGUUGAGAAUGGACACCAGCCUGGUGCAGGUCCAGGCAGUAGCCUGACCGAGGUUGCCCAAACCUCAGCGCAAGAGCCCAAGCCUCGCCCUGUGAGCCUCCCCUUGCAGUUGCCCCACCAGCCCGUCACAGCUGUCACCCGUGUCUCUGAGAAGUUCUCUGGGGAGACCUCAGUGGCUGCUCUGUCACCCACAUCUGCUGCCAUCCUGGGGGCUGUUAGCCCCAGCACCAAAGAGGACUCCACCCCUUGGACUCCCAGUACCACUGAGAAGAAUUCUUCCUUCACUCGGUCUUUGCCAAGCUUUGGCUACAGGGGAGUGGCAGCAGGCAAGUGCAAGGACAGUCUACCUUUGGUGACAUCCCCCCAGUCGCCUCUGUCCCCGCAGCUGCCAGCCACAACUCAGGCCUCUCACCAGGGGGAGCGUCGAAGGGAGCUGGUGAGGUCACAGACACUGCCCCGCACCUCAGGGGCACAGGCCCGGAAGGCGUUGUUUGAGAAGUGGGAGCAAGAUACAGCGGGCAAGGGCAAAGGUGAGGCUCGUGCUAAGCUGAAGCGGUCACAGAGCUUUGGUGUGGCCAGUGCCAGCAGCAUCAAGCAGAUCCUGCUCGAGUGGUGCCGCAGCAAGACCCUGGGCUACCAGCAUGUGGACCUGCAGAACUUCUCCUCCAGCUGGAGCGAUGGGAUGGCUUUCUGCGCCCUGGUACACUCCUUCUUUCCCGACGCCUUUGACUACAACGCCCUGAGCCCCACACAGCGGCAGAAGAACUUUGAGCUGGCCUUCACCAUGGCUGAGAACCUGGCCAACUGUGAGCGGCUCAUCGAAGUGGAGGACAUGAUGGUGAUGGGCCACAAGCCGGACCCCAUGUGUGUCUUCACCUACGUCCAGUCGCUGUACAACCACCUGCGUCGCUUUGAGUGAAGCCCAGCAGCCUGGAGAGACAAAAAGCCCCCCAGGAGGAGACUGUGGAGCUGCUUGUGUUCCCCAAAUCAGGAUAACCCCUGAGAAGAGUGGCCCAUGGCGUGAGCUGGCUGUUUGUCUUCUGGUGGUGACUGCACCCCGCCAUGCCCAGCUGUGGUACUGAUGGAAAGUAUCGCCCAGUGUGCCCCAACAGCACUGCCACAGCCAAGGGCUCAAAGGCAAUGGGAAAAGUCCCAGAGAGAUAGACAUUGGUGCUAAGUAAUGGUCGUCAUAAAGAAUCGCUCACCUGUGUAGUUUCCGGAAUGCUAAGUUACAGGUUUUCCCUCUGGUGAAUUUGAUACAUGGGCUGGACAGCGUUCCACUGAUUACCAUGUGUUUUUUUCUUUUUGAAUCAACCUACCCAGAGUCUUUUACUUCCUCACACUAUUGUAGGUCCCUUUCCUCCCUCGCUCUGGGCCACUGCCAGGAAACAGAGACCGCUUAAUCAGCAGCCUGACAAAGACCUUAUAGCUUGGGAAGAAACAGUUUAAUCACACCCAAGUCUGGGCACCAGAUGACCUUCAGGUCACCUCUGUCCUUUGGGGAGAUGGUCCUAAAGGCUCUUCUUCCCCAGAGGCUCUCUCUCCAGAAGGUCACAGUGGUCUUGGGAAGGGAUAGGCCCUUGUGCUGAGAGAGUUUUAAAUUCACAUCUUUUUUAGGGGACUUGCUGCAGGUAUUUAUAAAGUAAUUCCACCUAUACCACUGACCCUUUUAUUUGUACAUAAAAAAUGUGUCAAACUUGG